AUGAAAAUUUCAAUAUGGAAACUUUCAUAUACAAGACAAACACAGCGAAAAAGACCAGAAAAUGGUGCUUCAAUAUGGAGUUCUUAUUGCCGGCAAGUCAAUCAAAAAGUUUGAAAAACAAUUUUUUUCCAGCAAAUUUUUAUUUUAUUUAUUUUUCUAGCCCCAAAUUGAGCUUGGCAUCUCACUCAUAGUCCAAUUAGAAAAAUUGAUUACGAAAAUUCCAGCCACUCAGCUUGAGUUAUUAUUUUUUAG